AUGUCGGCAGUCUCGUCUGCUUCCGAGUCUUCCGUAACGUCGCUGUCCUCCUCUUCGUACGUUCCUUCAAGUUCUCCAGCCACAACGACUCGCCAUUUUGUUCCUAUCUCGUCCUAUACAUUCUCUCCCUUGCCUUCUCCAAGUGCUGGAAGUGGAAUACAGACGGAUCCUCAUACCCCUCCAGUCGUGGGCGCCAACUAUGUGCCGGAUUAUUCUUCUGCAUGGACAACUGCGUAUACCAAAGCAAAGAACCUUGUUGCUAGAAUGACUUUAGAAGAGAAGGUCAAUGUAACAACUGGCAUUGGCUGGGCAUUAGGUCGCUGUGUGGGGAAUACUCCCGCAAUCCCAGCCUAUAACUACCCUGGACUGUGCCUUGAAGAUUCGCCUCUGGGAGUUCGAGAUGCCGACUUUGUGACCUCUUUCCCCACCGGGGUGAAUGCUGCCGCGACAUGGAACCGGCGUCUCAUCCGUCUCCGCGGGCUAUACAUGGGUCUUGAGCACUAUGGAAAGGGUGUUAACGUUGCUUUAGGCCCUAUGAUGAAUAUCGGCCGGGUCGCCCAAGGCGGUCGCAACUGGGAGGGUUUCGGCGCUGAUCCAUAUCUUUCAGGAGAAACCGCGUACGAAACCGUCCUCGGUUUGCAGGAGGGUGGCAUUCAAGCAUGUGCCAAACACUUGAUCAAUAACGAGCAGGAACACAAACGGACCCAGGAAAGUUCUGAUGUGGACGACAGAACACAGCACGAAAUCUAUGCUCACCCUUUCAUGAGGAGUGUUAUGGCUGGUGUUGCCAGUAUGAUGUGCAGUUACAACUUGGUCAACGCUACUUAUGCAUGCGAAAACGACAAGAUGAUGAACGAUAUUAUCAAAAGGGAGUAUGGUUUCCAAGGAUAUAUUAUGUCCGACUGGCAAGCUACGAUGUCGACGAUAGCCGCGAUCACGGGUCUUGAUAUGACUAUGCCGGGAGACGUGACGUUCGACUCUGGCAACUCCUACUUCGGCGGCAACUUGACGGCGUAUGUUUACAAUGACACCAUACCUGAGACGCGUGUUGAUGAUAUGGCCACUCGUAUUCUUGCUUCAUGGCAUUUUCUCCACCAGGACGAACCGACUUAUCCAGAUGUCAACUUUGACGCCUUCCGUCCAGAUAACGAAGCUACUAACGCUCAUAUUGACGUUCAAGACGAUCAUUACAAGCUUGUUAGAGACGUUGGUGCUGCUAGCACCAUUCUUUUGAAGAACGUUGAUGGCGCGCUUCCGUUGAAGAAGCCUAGAAGCUUGGUGAUAAUUGGCACUGAUGCUGGUCCAGGAAGAGUCGGUCCAAAUGGAUUUGCGGAUCAUGGAGGGGACGAUGGGACUUUGGCCUCAGGCUGGGGAUCAGGAACGGCGAACUUCACCUACCUCAUUACUCCUCUGGAAGCAAUCCAAGCGAGGGCUCGAAAGGACCGAACCUCUGUUUCAUGGGUCCUGGAUGAUUUUGACCUCCCUCGUGCGGGCAACGAUGCCAUUAGAAAGUCUGCUGCUCUCGUCUUCAUCAACUCUGACUCUGGUGAGGAAUACAUUACCGUAGAUGGAAAUGAAGGUGAUCGGAAAAAUCUCACGGCGUGGCACGGAGGAGACAACCUGGUUCUUGCGGUAGCUGCUCAGAACAACAAUACGAUGGUCGUCGUUCACAGCGUCGGUCCCCUAAUCAUCGAACCCUGGAUUGAACAUCCGAACGUUACUGCUGUACUCUGGGCGAGUGCUCCCGGGACGGAAUCUGGCAACUCGCUCGUAGAUGUGUUGUAUGGUGACUGGAACCCUUCUGGACGUCUUCCCUAUACCAUUGCUAAGAAUGCGGAUGACUACAACGCCCCCUUGGUAACUGGUGGAACUAGUGAGGAUAUCCUGAACAUUCCGUACAUUGAAGGGCUGCAUGUCGAUUAUCGUCAUUUCGAUGCUAGACACAUCGAACCUCGUUUCGAAUUCGGCUUCGGACUCAGCUAUACCAACUUUACAUAUACCGAUCUUACGAUUGCCAAGAUUUCUGGUUCACUCGCGAGCUCCGCAGAGGUGGACGCUUGGGAGCAAGGAAAUGCUACGGCCAUCGCUGUAGGAUCCUCCACAGCCGCGUGGCUCCAUGAACCUGCGUACAAUGUCACGUUCAACAUCCAAAACACCGGUCCGGUUUAUGGCGGCGACAUACCGCAACUGUACUUGCAUCACCCACUGUCUGCUAGAGAACCUCCCUCGAUCCUGAGAGGAUUCACAAACGUUGAAAUCCUGCCUGGAGAGACUGCCGCUGUAUCUCUUGCUCUUUCUCGAUAUGAUGUAUCUAUCUGGGACGUUGAGUUGCAAGGUUGGAGAAGGCCGGACGGCUCGAUUGGAGUGACUGUUGGUCGGAGCUCGAGGGACGGGAGGCUCCAUGGGAAACUGCCAUAG